AUGAAUUUCGAUAAAAUUGAUGAUUACCUCGAUGCAUUUCGCGGCGCUGAUAUCCACUUUUGUUGCCUAGGUACAACGAAAGGCAAAGCUGGAGCUGAAGGCUUCCGUCGAGUUGAUUUUGAUUACAUAGUAGGAGCAGCCCGACUCGCCAAACAAGCAGGCUGCAGACAUUUUCAUCUAUUAUCGAGUCAAGGUGCGGAUGCGCAUUCGUUAUUUCUCUACACCCAAGUGAAGGGUCAAACAGAAACUGCGUUGACGCAAAUGUCAUUCGAUCGGUUAUCCAUAUAUCGACCAGCAUUUUUGAUGGUUGAUCGGGAAGAAAACCGGCCAUUCGAACGAUUUGCGCAAACAGUUAUUCGUAAUACUGUUCAACGAGUGGCGCCUGAAUUGAUCACAACGCCAAUAGAAGUUCUCGCACGAGCUAUGUGCUAUAACACAUUCACUACAAACCAAUCUGGAGUAGAAGUUUUGAACAAUCAUGCUAUUUUCCGUCUUGCCGGACAACAGCAGUCCUCUGAGUGA